AUGGGCGACAUGGCGAACGAAAUCAAGCUGCUCUCGGGCAACAGCCACCCGAGCUUGGCUAAGGCCGUGGCCGAUCGGCUCGGCGUUGAGAUCGCAAAGACGAUGAGUUUGAAUUAUUCAAAUCAAGAAACGAGCGUCACAGUCGGCGAGUCAGUCAGAGACGAAGAUGUCUUCAUCUUGCAAUCCACCGCACCGGGCGACAUUAACGAUGGCCUGAUGGAGCUCCUCAUCAUGAUCCACGCCUGUCGUACAGCCUCCGCCCGGCGCAUCACACCGCCGUCAUACCUAAUUUCCCCUACGCCCGGCAGGAUAAGAAGGAUAAGAGUCGGGCGCCUAUCUCGGCCAAGCUUAUCGCCAAUAUGCUGCAGACCGCCGGUUGCAACCACGUCAUCACAAUGGAUCUCCACGCCUCCCAGAUCCAAGGCUUCUUCAAUGUCCCCGUGGACAAUUUAUACGCGCCGAACCCAGCGUCUUGCGAUGGAUUCGGGAGAACCUUGCCGGUCAGGAGACGGUUAUUGUCAGCCCGGACGCUGGGCUACAUCUAUAGCCGACCGUCUCGACCGAGGCUUUGCGCUCAUCCACAAGGAGCGCCCGCGCCCCAAUGUCGUGGGCAGGAUGGUGCUCGUCGGUGACGUAGUAGACAAAGUCGCAAUUCUAGUUGACGACAUGGCCGAUACUUGCGGUACUUUGGCCAAAGCAGCAGCUACGGUCAAAGACCACGGCGCCCGCGAAGUUAUCGCCGUCGUCACCCACGGCAUCCUGAGCGGCGACGCCAUCACCACCCUCAACAACAGCUGUCUGAGCCAGAUCGUCGUCACGAAUACCGUGCCCCUCGGCGACAAGGUCCAACGGUGCAAGAAGCUCCGGGUCAUCGACGUGAGCCCUACGAUAGCCGAAGCUAUCCGACGGACUCACAACGGAGAGAGUGUUAGUUUCCUAUUCACACACGCUCCGGUAUAA